AUGCCCACCUCUUCAUCACCUACAUUUGCGCAGACCUUACCUCCCGAACUGGUCCAACCAAUCGUGUUGCACGUCAUACGUGACCAAUUAGAGGACCUUUUCUUGCUACCCUCGAGCCCAUCUGUUCCAAGGAUCUACUCGUCGCUAGCUCUCCUUCACUUGUGCAGUGUCUUCCGACAUUGUGCUCUGAGCGCCCUUGGACACAUUUGGGGAGGGCUCGAAAGGAAUACGGUAGCAUACGAUCAUAUUUUCCGCUUCAAGGCCGUAGACGGGUCCCUUUCCGCCGCUUGGGACUUCGAAGCUUUGCCAGAGAAGGAACGCUUCGGCGUGGCUCUUGCUCGACUCCAAUCGCUCAAUGAAAAUACGUCACCACGUGCGGAUGCUCCGAUAUACUCUCUGCUUCAAACGUUGGCUCUCUCGAGGAUCACUCAGGUUGCGAUGCGACAUCUUUCCAAGAGACCCCUUCGGCAUCAUGCGACAGCUGAGACACAGAAAAUGAAAUCCGACAUCUUUUCGGGCAGCAUGUCCAUAGCUGAACUACUGCACACACAAAACGCCAGAUGCCGCGACCAUAUCCCAGCCUGGUUGCUCAAAGAUGUGCUGGGAUCCCUCAUGCCGUACAGUCUGGGCGCGGCCGUCUAUCUGGUCAAAAUGAGUGCUAUGGAACAGGCAAGCCAGGUCAUGAGCGAGACUCUGGAAGAGCUGCCGUCCUCAGUGCAUCUCACGCACGAGCAGGCGGACCAAUUUGCGGAUGUGAUAGAUCAGCUUGCUGAAGACUUUUACCGAUCUGUGACGCAGAUGCCCUUAACUGAGGUGAACGGGCUUUGUCGUGCUUGCGGCAUUGACAUAUCACCUUGUGAAUGGACUAUGGAGGACGCACGGGCAUCCGGUGUAGCCUCUGUUCUUCAUGAAAUUCGUCGACGCAGGAAAUGCAGACAGCUCAGCUCUAGCGCUGCUCGGAGGAUUCAGCGCUCCAUGCGAGUUUCCGCAGGGCUCACCGAUGCUGAGGCUGUACUCUGCGGGUUGCCCUACGAGCCCUCUGACAACAAGGCGGCGAGUCGCGUCGGCUUCGCUGGCGAACUAGGACCGCACGUCACUCCGACGCAUUAG